AGACUUGAGUUCUCAUCAAAUUCAAAGCACUGCUUCCUCCGUAUUCCCUAACAUUGAUCAACAAAAUAAUUCCCAAUACUAGCCCUAAAUUCAAUCUAUAAAUUAUUCUUAGAACUCUCAGCUGAAAACCGACCCCCCCCCUUUUAAUCUGUCAAUAAAGAAAGAAAAAAAAAGAGCAAAUGGAAGGGAACAACUCGUACGGUAAUGGAUCAUCAUGGGCAGACCAAUGGGACUACAGCGAUCCAGCGGCUUCCAACGGUGCUGCAAACAAGAAGAAAAGCAGCAGCGGUGGGGCAACAGCCAAGUACAAGCAGAAGGUCGGGGAUGGGCUUGAGAAGACCAAAGCUGUGGCUUCAACUGGGAUGAAGAAGGUCAAACAAGGAACCUCUUCGGGGCUUCAAUGGAUCAAAGAAAAGUAUCAUAAAACUACCCAAAAGCACUAGGAUUAUUAGACUUUGUUUAUGUUGCUUUUCGCUUUUCCUUAACUGCUUCUUAUUUUAUUCAUUCAUAUAUCCAUAAUGAUUUAUUCCUUUUUUUUAUGUAAAAUUGCAAAUAAAAUCAUAAUAAUUGAUCUGUACUGCUUUAAUGUAAAACUACGGUGUAAUAAAUGGAUGUGAAGGGUAGAGACAAUGGUUUUUAAA